CCUACCCAUGCUAAUGAUAUAGUAAUAAAAAUACAAGAUAAGAGAUUUAAUAUUAUGUUUCAGAUAAUUUGACUACUAGAAAUGAAGUGUUUGGCUUUGUUUUGUAUGCUGGUCUUUGCGACUGCAGCGACAUCAGCAUCCGACUCCACUGAAUGGCAUUUCAUAACAACCAACAACAAUGGUGACAAAGUGCACGCCUCCGUGGGCCUGAAUCGACGCAGUAUGCUUCUCAUACCAGACGCCGUCAAUCGUCCAGGGAGAUGCAUCAAGAGAACCAUCAACCAGCACGACUUUGAAAAGCGCUUGGUUGCCAUGAAGGACCCUGUAAAACGAGAAUGUUGGGUGAAACCGCUCGGGAAAAGGGAGACAUACGAAAAUGUCAAGAAGAUCAUUGAGAGUGGAAAUGACAUGGUGCAGCAUUCAGAACACUGGACUGUUCCAAAACGAUCUCUGGAUAAGGACCAGGUGGAGAGAAAGGUCGGAAGUCUUGUCUCGGACUUCUGUUCUGACUCUGAUGUCUACAUGCUCAAGAGAGAUACACUAGGUAAACUAGUAAACCUAAAUCUGAACUUGGACUCUGACAGACAUAGCCAGUGCACCACAACUGGUUUAUCAAAGGCCGUGGUAUGUGCUAUCCUGUCUGUGGGAUGGAGCAUAUAAAAGAUCCCUUGCUGC